AUGUCCAGGAUGACCCGUGAACUACGUGACCUGCUGGACCCGAUGGAGUCCCUCCAAAUGUUUGACGUCACGAUUGAGGGCGGGGGCACGUACGCGACGCUGCAGGCUGAGGACAAGAAGUCCCUCCUGGAUGACGACACCGAGUUCACGAACCCCUGCCUCGAUUUCGCGUGCAUGUAUGUGUGUCGUGAUGUCAUUUUCGCGUUUCGCGGCCGUGGUAACGUUCCGGGCUCCGAACACGGAUCUCAUGGGAGGGCUCGCGUGGAGGGAAGCGAGCGAGAGGGUGGCGGGAGCGGAAGGGAUGUCGCGGCCGCCGCGGAUAAUGUCGUCGCUGGACCAGUCGGCGGUGGUCCUGUCGUGGGGGCUGAGGCCGCUUCGGGUGGUGGUGAAGGGGCGGAAAAGGUGGCGGAACCUGCUCCCGCUGUCCCCGGCCCUUCCCGCGUUGCAACUCCAACUCCGGUAGAGGCUCCUCGUUCGUUCGACGAUCUGGUGGCGUGGCCGGUCGACUCGCUUGCGCGGGAGGUGCUUCGACUCGAUGCCGCGAUUGGAGACACGCGCGAACAGCUAAAAUGGGCGAACAUGCACGUCUCGAACCAGCGAAAGCGCGUUCGUGAGCUGUCCGAUUCACUCGACGAACUCAUAGACAAGAUGAAAUCCCUGUGGUCGAAGUCGAUGCAAUCUGGAAAGGGGCUGGAUGACAUGGAGCAGCGUUAUGGCAACGAGAUUGCGGAAUGCGUGAAGGAGUUGAGGAAGGAGCAUGCCUCCGCGUCCGCGCAGCGAGAGUCCAAUGAGAGAGCGAUUCGCCGCCUGGAGGAAACCGUGUCCGGCCUGAGGGAGUUCUUCGCCUCUGCAAUCGCGGAGGUGACUGAAAAGACGCGGCAGGAGGCGUGGGCGAAAUUCGUGGGGAUCGAGUCAGUCGUGACAGCCGCAGCCGAGCGCGGAGCUCUUGCUGCGCUAGCACUUUAUGGUGGCGCCCGUCAUCCGGCUGAGCAUCGACCGAGUUUCGCAGCCGGACCCAGUUUCGCAGCCGGACCCAGUUUCGCAGCUGGACCCAGUUUCGCUGGCGGACCAAAUUUCGCAACCGGACCUGGUUUCGCAGGCGGACCAAGUUUCGCACCCGCGCUUUCGAACCCGCCCCCCUCCCCUCCCAUGACGAAGAAGCAGAAGCUACCACCAUCAGACGUUGUGCCGUUCGCUAUCGCAGGUCUUCCUUCUGCAAUGGUUCGCGCGUCUUCACCCCUACACGUUUCGGGAGGUGAGAAAGUGGCGCAGCCGGACGUGACCGCGAAAGGGACCGCGGCUGCGAAACGGGACGCGGCUGCAAAAGGGAACGUGGCUGCGAAAGGGGACGUGACCGCGAAAGGUGUCGGGGGAGGAAACGAAGACACGACCACGAAAGGAGACGCGGUUCUGGACGAUGAAGGAGGAAAUGAUGCGUUCGAAAAAUACAUGGCGCUGCUGGAAGCUGAAAAAGGCGGAACCAAAAAAGGCAAGGAGAAGCAGAGGGCCGCGAAAAGCGAUUUGUGUGUUGGUCUUCGCGCGAAUGCAAAUGGCACGGCAUGGAUUCUCGAGCUGCAUCACGCUGGUGUCCGUCGCUAUCUUGGGAAUCACGAACAGAAGGAUGCGGGACGGUUUCUGUGUGCUGUCGCGCUUACAGUGUGGUAUAAAACCGUAAAACCGGACAAGAUGGUGUUGACUCCCGACGAAGAGGCGGAAUGGACCCCGGAUCUGGACGUGGCUCGUGUGAUGCACGAGGGUCUGUUCGCAACCCUGAUGCGGAGCCUGUUCAACCGGUUUCGCGCACUUAAGGAUGGUGCGCGGGCUCCUGUGGACGAGACCGCGUGCUCUGCCGCGUCUGGAUUGGAGGUCGCGGAGGAUGAGCCGUCAGGACGUGUGAAAGAUGUUGGUGGGCCGAUCGCCGGAGCCGUGGCAUUCGCCUGUGCAGCCGUGUGGACGUGGUGCAAAGGUCCGGCUGGUGUGGACUCAGCACAGGCCGUGAAGGAGGGGAAGGCUGCGGCGAAGCUGGCUGGGGCGACCCAAGUCAACGUGGCGGGAUGCGAACUGGUGUGGGAGCGCAUGUUGGCCGCACUUAAGACACGCGCGAAGACCACCACCACCCCUCCAACGGGCGAAGACAUGGAGCAGCUGGUGAACAACUCUUUCACGGAGGGCCCGGAUGCGAACCUCAAGACGAUAAUUUCCGAAAUGGUCGACGUCGUCGCUACCUGGAACCACGAGCCGGGGGCGAAGGCUCGGAUGACACAGCUGGGGUUGUGUGUGCUGUGCAGCACGGAGCGCGUGAAGGCGAAGAACCGGGAAUCAGUUCGUCCACGCCCGAAACGGGCAUCACCUGCUCCUGCGCGUGAAGAGGGCGGGGAAGAAGUUGUCGAGUUACAGGAUGACUAA